AUGGCCUUGUUUGAGUCGGCUCUGCGCCGGACAGCUGUCCUGGUCGCGCGGGUGCCUGUGUCCUGCAGCAAAGGCUUGCGCAAUGAGCAGAUGCCCCAGCUCUCGCAGAUGUUGCGCCAAUUGUCUCAGCCGUCGCCGUUUCAGAGCCGGUUUAAAUCUACCAUAGCUGUGCCUGUGCGCCGCCCAAACAGCCGUGCCGCCUCCAUGUCGCCGGGCUUCUUUGCCCAGGCCGAGAGGGCCACGUGUCUGUCGAGGUCUCUCGCAACGGUUUUCGCUACUGCUUCUCCUGCUACUACUACUACUGCUGCAUCCUCGACUGGACCGGACAAAGAGGGCUUCUUCCCAGAGACGUCCUCCAAGGCCGUCGCCUACUGGCUCAUCGGAAGCGCCAUCAGCGUCUUUGGCAUCGUUGUCUGGGGCGGCCUGACUCGGCUGACUGAAUCUGGCCUCAGCAUCACGGAAUGGCGUCCGGUCACCGGUGCUCUCCCGCCUCGCUCAGAGGCCGAGUGGGAGGCUGAGUUCACUCGAUACCGUGCCAGCCCUGAAUACGCCCGUCUGAACCCGCACAUGACCCUCGACGAGUUCAAGAAGAUCUACUUUAUGGAAUGGUCGCACCGUCUUUGGGGCCGCCUGAUCGGCCUUACCUUUGUCGCCCCGGCCCUCUACUUCGUUCUGCGCCGCCGUGUGGCCAAACCCAUGGCCUGGCAGCUGUUUGGCAUCGCCGCCCUCAUCGGCUUCCAGGGCUUCAUCGGCUGGUGGAUGGUCAGCUCCGGCCUGCGUGAAGAGCUGUUUGCCCCUGGAGCACACCCCCCCCGCGUGUCCCAAUACCGCCUGACCACCCACCUGGCCACCGCCUUUGUGUGCUACUCUUGGAUGAUGCUGGCCGGUCUGGCCGUCUUGCGCGAUAUCCGUCUCCGGGCAGAUCCAGCUGCCGGUGCCCGUUUGGCUUCCGUGCUCGCUUUGCCGGCCCUGCAGCCGUUCCGCCGCUCUGUCGCCGUGCUUACAGCCCUCAUCUUCGUCACUGCCAUGUCUGGCGCCCUCGUUGCCGGUCUCGAUGCCGGCCUCAUCUACAACGAGUUCCCCAUGAUGGGUGUCGGCCUCACGCCACCCAAGGACGAGCUCUGGGAUCCUCACUACGCCCGCAAGGCCGAUCACGCCGAUCUUUGGUGGCGCAACAUGCUCGAAAACCCCUCGCUCGUUCAGCUCGACCAUCGUAUCCUCGCCACUACUACCUUCUGCUCCGUCCUCGCCCUCUUCGCAUAUGCUCGCCGCGGCAACGUCGCCGCUCUCCUGCCGUCCAACAUCAAGCGCGGCACCACCGGCCUCGUCCAUCUCGUCCUCCUUCAGGUCACCCUGGGCAUCGCCACCCUCAUCUACAUGGUGCCCACGCACCUUGCUGCUACCCAUCAGGCCGGCAGUCUGGCCCUCCUGACUGGUGCCCUCGUGCUGGCUCACCGCCUGCGCAUCCCCAAGUCCAGCUUGCGCAUCAUCCAGCGGCAGCUGGAAACGGCCUCAAAAGCCUCGAAACCAUAA